UUCCCUCCAGCCCCAGCGGAUUGGAUAUGUUCAGGAGGCGGGUCCGCCUCUUUUCUACUUGCUGGUUGGCGAAGCUGACCUCCAAGGGCGGUGCCCGUCCAGGGCCAGUUUGCUUCUGGGAUUGGCUAGCAGGGUGGUUCCGCUGAGGCGUGGUAGGAAGUGGAAGCCGUCAAUCACGAGGGGAGACUCCAAACAGUGAGCCUGGAGCUGGGGAACAGCGUUUACCGGCGGAGCGGCCGGUUUUAUGAAUGAAGCUAUGGCUACAGAUUCUCCUAGAAGACCCAGUCGUUGUACUGGUGGAGUUGUGGUUCGCCCUCAGGCUGUCACAGAGCAGUCCUACAUGGAAAGUGUUGUAACUUUUCUUCAGGAUGUUGUGCCACAGGCUUACAGUGGAACAUCUUUAACAGAAGAAAAGGAGAAAAUAGUCUGGGUCAGAUUUGAAAAUGCAGAUUUAAAUGAUACAUCAAGAAAUCUGGAAUUUCAUGAAAUACAUAGCACUGGGAAUGAGCCACCACUGCUGGUUAUGAUUGGCUACAGUGAUGGAAUGCAGGUCUGGAGCAUCCCUAUUAGUGGAGAAGCACAGGAGCUCUUCUCUGUUCGACAUGGCCCAAUUCGAGCAGCUAGAAUCUUGCCUGCUCCACAGUUUGGUGGUCAAAAAUGUGAUAACUUUGCAGAAAAAAGACCCCUUCUUGGUGUGUGUAAGAGCAUUGGAUCUUCCGGGACAAGCCCACCUUAUUGUUGUGUGGAUCUAUAUUCACUUCGUACUGGAGAGAUGGUCAAGUCCAUUCAGUUUAAAACACCUAUUUAUGACCUCCACUGCAACAAGCGGAUCCUCGUCGUAGUCUUGCAGGAGAAAAUCGCUGCCUUUGAUAGCUGUACUUUCACAAAAAAAUUUUUUGUCACAAGUUGUUAUCCUUGCCCUGGGCCAAAUAUGAAUCCUAUUGCUCUUGGGAGUCGCUGGCUUGCUUAUGCAGAAAACAAGUUGAUUCGAUGUCAUCAGUCCCGUGGUGGAGCCUGUGGAGACAACAUUCAGUCUUAUACUGCCACAGUCAUUAGUGCUGCUAAAACACUGAAAAGUGGCCUGACGAUGGUUGGGAAAGUGGUGACUCAGCUGACUGGCACACUGCCCUCAGGUGUGACAGAAGAUGAUAUUACCAUCCACAGUAACUCACGACGGAGUCCUUUGGUCCCAGGCAUCAUCACAGUCAUUGACACUGAAACAGUUGGCGAGGGUCAGGUGCUAGUGAGUGAAGAUUCUGACAGUGAUGGCAUUGUGGCCCACUUUCCUGCCCACGAGAAGCCAGUGUGCUGUAUGGCUUUUAAUACAAGUGGAAUGCUUUUAGUCACAACAGAUACACUUGGCCAUGACUUUCACGUCUUCCAAAUUCUGACACAUCCUUGGUCCUCAUCACAAAGUGCUGUCCACCAUCUGUACACUCUUCACAGGGGUGAAACUGAAGCUAAGGUACAGGACAUCUGCUUCAGCCAUGACUGUCGUUGGGUUGUGGUCAGUACCCUCCGGGGUACUUCUCAUGUUUUCCCCAUCAACCCUUAUGGUGGCCAGCCUUGUGUUCGUACACAUAUGUCACCACGAGUAGUUAAUCGCAUGAGCCGUUUCCAGAAAAGUGCUGGACUGGAAGAAAUUGAACAAGAACUGACGUCAAAGCAAGGAGGCCGCUGUAGUCCUGUUCCAGGCCUAUCAAGCAGCCCUUCUGGCUCACCCCUGCAUGGAAAACUGAACAGCCAAGACUCUUACAAUAACUUUACCAACAAUAAUCCUGGAAACCCCCGGCUCUCUCCUCUCCCCAGCUUGAUGGUAGUGAUGCCUCUUGCUCAAAUCAAGCAGCCAAUGACAUUGGGGACCAUCACCAAACGAACAGGGCCUUAUCUCUUUGGAGCGGGGUGUUUUUCCAUAAAAGCUCCAUGCAAAGUUAAACCACCUCCACAAAUUUCACCCAGCAAAUCGAUGGGCGGAGAAUUUUGUGUGGCUGCUAUCUUUGGGACAUCCAGGUCAUGGUUUGCAAAUAAUGCAGGUCUUAAAAGAGAAAAAGAUCAGUCCAAACAAGUCGUAGUUGAAUCUCUCUACAUUAUCAGUUGCUAUGGAACCUUGGUGGAGCACAUGAUGGAGCCUCGACCCCUCAGCACUGCUCCCAAGAUUAGUGAUGACACUCCACUGGAAAUGAUGACAUCACCUCGAGCCAGCUGGACUCUGGUUAGAACGCCUCAGUGGAAUGAAUUGCAACCACCAUUUAAUGCAAACCACCCUCUGCUCCUUGCUGCAGAUGCAGUACAGUAUUAUCAGUUCCUACUUGCUGGCUUGGUUCCCCCUGGAAGUCCUGGGCCCAUCACUCGACAUGGGUCCUAUGACAGUUUAGCAUCUGACCAUAGUGGACAAGAAGAUGAAGAAUGGCUUUCGCAGGUUGAAAUUGUUACACACACUGGACCCCACAGACGGCUGUGGAUGGGUCCACAGUUCCAGUUCAAAACCAUCCACCCCUCAGGCCAAACCACAGUCAUAUCCUCCAGUUCAUCUGUGUUGCAGUCUCAUGGUCCAAGUGACACUCCACAACCUCUUUUGGAUUUUGAUACAGAUGACCUUGAUCUCAACAGUCUCAGGAUCCAGCCAGUCCGCUCUGACCCAGUCAGCAUGCCAGGGUCAUCCCGCCCAGUCUCUGAUCGAAGGGGAGUUUCCACAGUGAUUGAUGCUGCCUCAGGUACCUUUGACCGGAGUGUGACCCUGCUGGAGGUGUGCGGGAGCUGGCCUGAGGGCUUCGGGCUGCGGCACAUGUCCUCCAUGGAGCACACAGAGGAGGGCCUCCGGGAGCGGCUCGCUGAUGCCAUGGCUGAGUCACCAAGCCGGGACGUCGUGGGAUCAGGAACAGACACAGCCCUUGAAGUAGCAGUAAAAAACAUCACCCCUGAGAGACACGUGGCUGUGAAGUGUUUGGGGAAAAAAAAAGGAAAAAAAAAACAAUGCCAACAGCCCAGCGUCCGUGAGCAACCCAACAGUAACAAAGCAUGCGUUCGGGAUGGAGGAAGAACUUCAGCGAGAGGGAAGCAUCGAGACUCUGAGUAACAGCUCAGGUUCCACCAGCGGCAGCAUCCCCAGAAAUUUUGAUGGCUACCGAUCUCCGCUCCCCACCAAUGAGAGCCAGCCCCUCAGCCUCUUUCCCACCGGCUUCCCGUAGGUACCAGCAACCUGCUUCCAACUGGCCGGCCCACUCACCCACUGGAGGGAGGGGGAGAAGCCCCCCUCUGGUCCUGCCCUUCAGUCUGCUCCUCUUUCAUCAACCACGUUCCCCAAGCUUAGUGACAACAGUCCCCCAUCCUACCUGGAUUGAGAAGAGACCCUUCUCUAAAGCACCUCAGCGCAUCCUGACCUCUACUGUUCCCGUCAGUGGGGGUUGUGGCCAAGAAAGACUGCGGAAGCUCAGUCCCCUUCUCCAUUUGCACAUGAUGUCCUGCAUUGGAUCCGCUUUUGUAUUUUCUAACCAUACCCACAGGGGCCUGGAACAGUGGCCAGAUCUUGGGGCCUGAGUGGGGAGAGGGUGGAUGGUCCAGCUGGGUAUUUUGGCCCUGAGUGGAUAGUCUCGGCCCCAGCCCACUUCAGGCUGUGAUACACACUGCCCCCGGCGUCCCUUGCUCAGCUCCCCUCCAGUAUGGGGUGAACUGAGGCCCAGAGUAAUAGGGGAGGAUGCUUUCCCCAUCAACUCAUGGGAAGAAUUUAUCUUUCUUAUCUUUAAGCCCUUUUACCCUGGUCCUGUGCUGUUCAGUGAAGGAAACUGUGGUUACUGAGGCCCUGUUGAAAAGUGCACGUCUUGUCCAAUAAAUCACGCUGCAAUUGG